UCCAUCCUUUUAUGUACAUGUAUCAUUAAGACCUUGGUAUACGAGUCUGCUGCUUAUGACGUAAAUAAAAAUUUGUGUUUAGAAACGGCUAAAAGAUUUAUAAGUUGGCGACACAGAUGCAACUUUUAUUUGGAUUCUGCAGAGAGUAUUAUACAAGAUGCGGAAACUUGUCCUCGUAAAUGCAACGUCCACAUAGAUAAUUUGGAUUAUCGGAACACAUUUUCCUUACAUCAAGUCAAUAUCACAAUCGGAACUGAUCAGUCAUUCAAGUGGUCGUUUUGUCCAUCGUCACAAAUAGAAUCUAAAUACAUGCAUAUCGAUUGUUCAUCGUGGAAUAAAGAUAGAUACAAAGUUAUAUAUAAUUAUAACUACCCAUUUAGUAAUGCAGAUUGUGUUGAUAUCAACAAUUAUAAAAUCUGUCAUUGUUACGACGGAUAUAUCAUAGUGAAUGGACUAUGUUUAAAAGGGAACAUUGUCGUCGGUGACUCAUGCUAUUACGAUGGACAGUGCACAGGAACUGCAAAUGCCAAUUCAUGUAAAUUUAGCAAGUGUACAUGUCAAACAGGAUACAGGUUGAUUGACAACAACUGCUAUCGGGGAAAUAUUGCCGUUGAUAAUUCAUGUUCAUACGAUUGGCAAUGCACUGGAACUCAGCUCGCAAGUUCUUGUAAAUAUGGUGUGUGUACAUGUGACACAGGAUACUUUUUGAUUGAAAACAACUGCUAUCAAGGGAACAUCCCCGUUGGUUCCUUUUGUUUAUACGAUAGACAAUGCACAGGAACUACAUAUGCAAGUGUAUGUAGAUCAUUGGUGUGUGCAUGUCAAACAGGAUACACGCUUUUUGGCAACAAAUGUUAUAAAGUGAACAUUGCAGUUGAUAAUUCAUGUUCAUACGAUUGGCAAUGCACUGGAACCCAACUUGCAGGUUCUUGUAAUUUUAGUGUGUGUACAUGUGAAACAGGAUACAUGGUGAUUGACAACAACUGUUAUCAAGGGAACGUCCCCGUUGGUUACUCUUGUGUACACGAUAGACAAUGCACAGGAACUACAUAUGCAAGUGUAUGUAGAUCAUCGGUGUGUACAUGUCAAACAGGAUACACGCUUUUUGACAACAAAUGUUAUAAAGUGAACAUUGCAGUUGAUAAUUCAUGUUCAUACGAUUGGCAAUGCACUGGAACCCAACUUGCAGGUUCUUGUAAUUCUAGAGUGUGUACAUGUGAAACAGGAUACAUGGUGAUUGACAACAACUGUUAUCAAGAAAGCAUACCUGUUGGUGGAUUCUGCAGUCAUAACAACCAAUGCACUGGGAGUGAACAUGCUGAAUCAUGCCAAAAUUUAAGAUGUACAUGUUCAAAUGGAUACAUUUUGAUUGAUUUUGAGUGCAAAAGAGGAAAUAUGACAAUAAACCAGUCAUGUUUACACAACAGGCAAUGCACAGGAACUAAAUUUGCAAGUAUAUGUAGAUUUGGGAAGUGCACAUGUGACACAGGAUACAUAUUGAUUGACAACAACUGUUAUAAAGAUCAUGUUCCUGUUGGUGGAUUCUGUAUUCUAGACAAACAAUGUACGGGAAGUAACAAUUCUGAGACAUGCAAAGACAGGAGAUGUCAAUGUUCUGAUGGGCACUUGUUGCUUGAUUUGGAGUGUAUUCAAGGAAACCUUUCUUUGAACCAGUCGUGCACUGUCCAUGAACAAUGUUCUUCAUCAAAUUACUCUCGUUGUGUUGAGGAAAAAUGUACAUGCAUGGAGGGAUACACUGCGGAAAAUCUGACCCAUUGUAUAAAGUUUCAGGAAAAUGAAUUUGAACAUUUUGUUCAAAAUCAACAAGAUGACAAUAUUGGAGAGAUAUUGGGGACCCUGUUUGGUGGGAUAUUUAUCGGUGUUUUCCUUACAGCUGUCAUUGUGUUCUUGAUGUUUAAAAAAAUGCAAACCAAAAUGAAAAAGAGCGAGGAACCAAGUGUAUCGUUUGCAAAUGACGCAAUAUACAGUUCUUCAAUCGUUGUUGAGCGUGAGGAUAUCACAGGUUCCCAGGCAAACGAUAAAAAGCGAAAAGUCGUAAACGUAUUGCCAUACGCCUGCUCAGAGAAAGGUGCAGUGUACAACUUCGUGACCAGAAAACCAAGAACUGAACAACCGACGACAGAGGGUGUUUACAAUCAUCUACGUGAGCAAGAAAAACAUGACAAUGAACAUGACGAUAAUUAUGAUCACGCGUGUGCUGCAUCGUAUCUCGGUACAGAGCCCAGCGUUUAUAGUAACAUGCCGUGAAUUGAAUAUUUUAUAGUAUAUAACUGCUUAAAUGACAAAUGACAAUGUUUAAGAAAGUGGUUCAUUGUUUGUGCAAUUUGUUGAUAUCCCUUAUCAAUGAAUUUUCAGCAUCCCGAAAGAAUAAUGAAAUACUGUUUUUUUUUAAACAAUGUUCGUUUGUACUGAUCAAAAUUCUACUAACUCUACAAAAUUACAAUCAAAUGGAUAUUUAAAAUGUUAUGAAGCUGAUGAAUACAGGAUUUCAUGGUUAUCUACGAUGGAAGAUCAUUGCAAAACCUAGCACAGAUUAACAGUUUGCAUUUUAUCAUUUAACAUGUACCUUUUCCUGUUUAAGAGUUUUCGUCAUGAUUUUUGAACUUUUAUUAUUUCCCAGGAAUUUGUAAUACAUACAUGCAUGUCACAUUCCGUUUGCAUGUCUUUGUUGUUUUUAGCCGGGCUCUGCUGAAAGCAGAGUCCUGGCUCUAGGCAGGCAAAUCGCCAAUUUUACUAUGAAUAGCAAAGUAAACAAAAAACCAAACAGCGUCAAAGUAAAGGCUUCCGCUAUACUAAAUAGUUACACAGAGAGCCAAGUUUUGUCAAAAGUGUUGGCAUUUUGUUUUAUUUUUUUUAUUUUCGAGAGAAUUGUCUAUCUUUUUUAGUUUUCUUAUCAAUAACGUGUUUAAAAAACAAGACUAUGCAUUCUGGACACAUACAAUGCGCUUGAAUUUCCAAGAACUACUUUACUGUGCGUUGAAGAAAUGGGGAUUGUAUAUAUAACGCUUCUUGCAAAAUUCAAAGCAGCAACUGUUAAUCUUUUUUUCUACUAGAGAGACAUAUUUUUGUUUAUAGCCGCUUACAACAUUUGGUCGCUCUUUGACGCUUUGCCGACAUUUAAAGCAUGAGAGAGAGAGAGAGAGAGAGAGAGAGAGAGAGAGAGAGAGAUUUUCAGUCUUUACUACACACUAUGCAUAAUGACACCAAAAGAGCCCGGCUUUCAGUACUUCAGUACUUUGAUUUUUUUUUUAGUUUAAAGUCAUUAAUAUUAAGUAAUUUACAUUGAUUUUUAAUUCGUGUAAAAUUGUUUCUAAAAGAAUUCAUUAUAAGAUAUGCAGCUACACGAUCACUGCAGUAUCUUAUAAUCAACUAACGACAACAAAAUGCCAGUCUAUAUUUUUUAACAGGAUAUUAAGACACGUAUUUUAAGAAAUUAUUUUUUUUAAAAACAAGAUAAAAACAAGUUCAAUCAUAUUUGCAAAUUAAAAGAGAACACAGACAUAAACAACCUUUUUUAUGAACAUAAUAAGAAACAAAGUGGAUGCUUCUUUUCAUGCUAAAAUAUAAAAUUUGUGAAAACAUGUUACAUGAAUAAUAUUUUUGUUAUCAUUAUUAUGAAAUCAAUAAAUCAUAACAAAGUUAUGGAAUUGUUGUUGCCUAAUUACUGUAAAAGUGGUUAUUUACGCAGGAGGUUAAUCUGAUAAGUAUGCGUUUUCUAUACUCAAACAAUACGCGUGCGUGUUAAAUACCCGGAUGCGUGAUUUAGCACACUAACGUUCUUUUUUCCGAUAAUCACAGGUGUAUUUUACGCGGAUUUAAGCAUUCAGCGUAACAAGUGUGUAUUUCAUCACCACUUUUUG